CCCCAGCUGGUUCUUCAACCGACGAGCCGAUGGAUUGUUUAAUUGAUCGCCACUAGCGCCUGCCUCGCUGGGCCUGACGAUUUACAAUUCAUUGUUAAUUCCUCUCCAGUUAACUAAUCAUAAUUCAGCAGCCUGCCUGCGUAUGUACUCCUGCUUGAAAAGUUGAAAAUGCAAUGCAUAUAUGGCUACCAGCAUCAGAGAGUUGAAGCUCUCCAUUUUGUAUGGUUGCAAAGCUGCUGAUCUUGUCUGUGGAGUGGGUGGAGGUGGCGCCUCUGCAGAGAUGAAGCCAGUAGCGAGGAAUAAGAAGAGCAGGGGAGCUUUCUGCAACCUCCCUCUGCUGCUGCUCAUUGGGGCGAUUCAGUUCUUGGUGAUCUACUCCCCAACGUUUGAUCGAUACAUGGUCAUGCUCACAACAGGAAAGCCGGGAUUUCCAUCACUGUUGCUGGAUGGCAGGAGGGGCUUCAAACUAGUAGAGGACGAGAUCAUCCCGGAGCCCCGCGUGAGGUGCGACUUCGCCGACCCGAGGUCCGACGUCUGCGAGCUGGAGGGAGCCAUCCGCAUUCGCGGGAGCACGUCGGAGGUGUUCGUGAUCACCCCGAGCCGCGCCGCUGGAGGAGGCCUGCGCGCGAACGUGACGGGCCUCGGCCCGAACGGCACGAGCACGAACGCGACGAGCUGGAGGAUUCAGCCGUACACUCGCAAGGGCGAGGCCCGCGUGAUGCGCGGCGUCACGGAGAUGACAGUGCGGCUGGUGACCGCCGACGAGGCCCCCGCGUGCACGGUGCGCCACGACGUGCCGGCGGUGGUGUACUCCAACGGCGGGUACUGCGGCAACUACUACCACGACUUCAACGAUAACAUCAUCCCGCUGUUCAUCACGUCGCGGCACCUGGGCGGCGAGGUGCAGCUGCUGGUGGCGCAGAAGCAGCGGUGGUGGUUCCACAAGUACCGGGAGAUCGUGGACGGGCUGACCAACUACGAGGCGGUGGACUUGGACAAGGAGGAGGGCGGCGAGGUGCGGUGCUUCCGGCGCGCUACCGUGGGGCUGCGCAGCCACAAGGACCUGAGCAUCGACCCACGGCGCGCGCCCAACAACCUGUCCAUGGUGGACUUCAAGCGGUUCCUGAUGUGGCGGUACGCGCUGCCGCGGGAGCACGCCAUCCGGACGGACGAGGAGGAGGAGCCGGGCCGGAAGCCGCGGCUGCUGAUCAUCACCCGGCGGUCGCGGCGUCGGUUCGUGAACCUCCCGGAGAUCGUGGCGCUGGCGGAGGAGGUCGGUUUCGAGGUGACGACGUCGGACGUGAUGUCGUCCAAGAAGAACAGCGCCGACGCGGCGGCGGCGGCGUCCGGGAACGUGGACGGCGACGGCGGGCAGGCGCGCAUGGCGGAGGCGUCGGCGCUUGUGAACUCUUUCGACGCGAUGCUGGCGGUGCACGGGUCCGGGCUGACGAACCUGGUGUUCCUGCCGAUGAACGCGGUGGUGGUGCAGGUGGUGCCGCUGGGGCGGAUGGAGGGGCUGGCCAUGGACGAGUACGGGGUGCCGCCGCGGGACAUGAACAUGCGGUACCUGCAGUACAACAUCACGGCGGAGGAGAGCACGCUGUCGGAGGUGUUCCCGCGCGGACACCCCGUGUUCCUCGACCCCAUGCCCAUCCACAAGCAGAGCUGGUCGCUCGUCAAGGACAUCUACCUGGGGCAGCAGGACGUCCGGCUCAACGUCCGGAGGUUCAGCCCCGUCCUCCAAAAGGCCAUCCAGUUCCUCAGGUGACCUCGAGUCCUCGACUGACAUUAAUCGCCCGCUGUUCUCCUUGUCCAUGCGAGAUGUGAUGUGACUACAGGAAGAAGAUACGGUGUUCGAUCUCUUUUUUUUGUUCUUUUUUCCUUUUCGAUCUUUCUUACGACAUGCAAAAUCAGAUUCUGUACACUCAAUUAGUGUUCGUUGUUGCCCAAAGCAGCAACGUUUUUGUAUGAUAUACUAGCUCUUUCUUUGUCGAGAAUCGUGAGAAGCGUACGUGUCGAACUGUAAGUUGCAGGUGUAGCCAACAAAAAGAACAAAAUCAUGU